GAUAUCGUUGUCCCGAGCCAAGCUUCGUUGGUCGACGAUACUUGCUAACAUGUAAGACAUAGAAAAUAUGUGUUAUGAGUCGAAGUUACCGACGAUCGGUAAUUUUAUCCCUUUGUGUAGAAGAGUGACGAUGUGCAUGACCUCCAGCCAUGUUAUGUGUGUAUUGCGAGGUCAACCAUGUACAGUCUUCCCAUAGCUAAAGGGACAACAGUGGCUAGCUUUGUCAUGGCUGGAGCAUGAAUCGAAAGAGCACUCCCACUAAUCCGCCAAGCCACGAAGAGGUAAAUCUCGUUAAACCAGACUUCGCCAUAACGAUGAAUAUGUAUAUAGAAAGGUGGAGUUGUCUCCAUGGAAGAAGGAUGCUAACCGCAUCCAUGGCCUCCGAUAUGACAAGGUGUGUGAACACUGACAAACGUUGGCCUUUCUUGCCGUACCCGCACCGUCAGAGGGUGGUCCUAGUUGUUGUUGCCCGUCGAGCCCACACUACCAUGCAUGGGUGACCACCAAGGGACCCCCAGCCGCUACUUGAUGGAUUUUUAUCGUUGAAGGGUAGCCAUCCCGUCCAAUCGUAGGGUUGCAACUAUUAUCGCCCUCACGCUAAUCGUACCGAGUUACGCUGACUUUUUGUCCAUUUUUUAGAGCUAGUGAGAUAAAAUAUGUAGAGAUCCGACCCUUUGUUUGUUGCCAGGAGCCGAUGAAAUGAAUAUAUGUAAAGAUGUGUAAAGAUGUGUGGCCUUUUGUUCAUUGUUGGAGGCUAAAUGAGAUAGCAAAUAUGGCCCUUUGUCCAUCACUAGGAGCUGUAUAGAUGUAAUAAGAUCAACCCGUUAUCCAUUGAUGGGAACCAUGUAGUAAAGUAGGCUUUUUAUCCAUUGCUAGGAGCCGUAAGAUACAAUGAUGCACAUUGCUGCAAAGGACAUGACCAUCAAGAAAUGCUCAGCCAUGUUGCCAAAAUAGAUCUAGCCCCAUGUCUAGCCAUGUCUAGCCAUGUAUGUGAAAAUAGGUGCUGAAGUAAGUUGCAUUUUGCGAUGUCUCCAGCGAAGUGCAUGAGUGUCAUUUCUAGCGAUGCUGAUUCCAUCGCAGCAAUUAGUAGAAAAAUGGAAACUGCACAUCUGAUGUAGGAAAUGAGCAUUGUGGGCCCUUGCUGAUGUGGAUCCGCACAUGUCAUUGGUUUUGCGACCAUACAAAUCCAUCGCUCAACAAUAUUGUACUCAAAUAUUAAUCAGGCAGUAAAAUUUUUCAUUUUUA